GGUGGACGUGGAGGCGCGGCAGAGCGUGACUGCCGCAAAUUAAAGCUGCUAGCUGGCAUCAUCAUGUUUUCUGCGGCCGUCAGAACGAGUGCUCUACUUUUGACUAGAAAUGUAACGAAAUUGCAUCGAUUUUGUAGCCUUGAAAGAAGAAGAGGUGUGGAUCAUUGUUUGAAAGCAUAUUGUGCAAGUUCUACUCAUGAAAAGUUCAGAAAAGUUACGGAAGAGACGGUCGGAGAUACAAUAAAGAUUGAAGCAUCCUAUGAAGAAGCAGGGAAUAGUUACUCCCCAAUAGAUAACCCACAUGGUGCUUGCCCAAUAUGCAGUCGAAACCUUCACAUCACCUACAAGGAUGUUCUGAUACUUAGCCAGUUUGUGGACAAUGAAGGAAAUGUCCUCCCAAGAGAUAUAACUGGAGUGUGUGCAAAGCAGCAGCUACACUUACGAGAAUGUGUGGAAAGAGCAUUAGCUGCAGACCUUCUACCAGACCACAGACCAAGCCACUUACCGAGUCCUAAAGAGAAGGAACCAGGGAAAGCAGUCCAUCACAGAUUUUGAUUCAGAGGAUGGCUGAAUGUGAUUUCAUUCAAGGAAAAGCAAGUUUGAUCCUGUUGAUGCAGAUACAUGGACAUUGGACAGUGAUGCUUUCCUUGAACAUUUGAUGACAAGAAUGUCAGCUGAAAACAAUGAGAGAGAUAGAGAGAGAGAAAUGAGUGUAUUAUCCCUGUAUUUGCCAUGUUGACCCUAUGACUACUGCUAUCCUAAUUCUCAAAGGCUUCAACAAGAGUCACUUGUCAUCAGUAGACAACAGGUCAAUGUAUACUCUGAGUGACCACUUGAUGAUUUCAUUCUGAAAUUUGACUGUUGAGAUUCUUUGUGAAAAAUAGCAUGUGAUUUUACAGUUUUCUUAUUCCAGUGAACCUUGAGUUUGGCAUGACUUUCUUGGAAGACAUCUGAUGCUUCGGUCACACCAACGAACCCGACCCCAGACCGAUCAAAGCUAUUGCAUUAUUGGGAAUACCAUACCGUUGGUGAUUAGGAGUCGGUUUCUUUGGUGUGACUACAGCAUUAAUGUUUAUGAACAUACAAUCCACUCUGCCUGAAUCAUUUUACUUAGAAUUGACAAUUAAUUAUUUUCUGUGAUAUUUUAUUCUUCGAUUUGCAGCAUAAGUCUUUUUUGUUGCUACAAUUUUCUUUUAGAUUCGGUGGUGACGAAAGAAAGAGAAAUGGAGAAUGGAUUUACAACUUUAAUAUUUAAAAAUUUGCAUGUUGGCACAGUAAUUCGAAGGUUUCAUUGCAUUGCCAACUUGACCAUUUUAGUGAUUACUUUCAUCCCCCCCCAAAAAAAAUUACCAUCCAGUGGAAGGUCCCAAUGAAUGGGGUAUAGUCUCAGUUUAUUUGUAUGAUCUAUUUUUCUCUGUCAUUUAAUAUACUUUAUACUAUAUUCAUGACUCUUUGUCCAAAUUAUUAGCCCAAACCACAAAAUUUCAUUUGGUCUUGAAUGGACUAUUGGAGACUUCAGAAAUACUGUAGUUUGGCUUGGAAAAAUUCUUACACAUAAUUUUUCAUGUAGCAAAAUGAUAUGUUAUAUGAUAGAGGUUACUCAGUGCUCAAACAUGAGCACCACAACCUAUGCAACAUGUGUAUUUAAGGGCUGGAAACCUUCAGCAGCUUUAUAUUUUCAAUGUAACUUCUGUAAUGCAAUUUAUUUUUGCAUGUUAUGACAAAAGAAAAGAAAAAGAAUUGUGAUCACUGAUAAUUAACCAAGGUUUAUCUUUGGACUAAAACAAGAAUUAUACUUCAGACUUCUAUGAGAUGCCUGGUUUUAUGUUACUCUUUCAAUAUUUAUGACAAAGAUACUGUACAACAUAAUUAUUUGGGAUUCUUUGUAUACCCAUAUAAUCACAUUUUUAGCUCAUCCCGCCCGAAGGGCAAGAUGAGCUGAUGCCGUGGCGUGGUGUCCGUUGUCCGUCGUCUGUCAUCCGUCGUCUGUCGUCCGUCCAUAAUUUCAAAAUGCUACUUCUUCGCCAUUUCAAGUCCGAUUUCAAUUCUGUUUGCUUUAUAUGAUAGCACUAGGUGGGGGAUUCAAGACUUCUACACAGAAUUUUGAAAUUCAUUAAAUAUGCUAAUUUAUGCGCAUUUUUCAAAAUUCACAAAAAAUGCUUCUUUGUGGACCGAUUUUGAAUUUUUUGCUUCCAUCUGGUAGAGCUUCAUGAGGUUCACCAAACUUCUACACACUUCUACACAGAAUUUCGAAAUUUUGACUAGAACAAUUUUUAUGCUAAUUUAUGCGAAAUUAUUCAUAGUUUUAAAAAUUCACAUAAAAUGCUUUUUCUUCUUUAAUUGUUGACCGAUUUUGAUUUUCUUUUUCUUCCAUCUGGUAGAAAUUCAUGCGGUUCACCAUACUUUUACACAGAAUUUUGAAAUUUACAGUAGAAAAUUAUUUAUGCUAAUUUAUGCGAAAUUUAUUCAGAAAUCACAGGAAAUGCCUCUUCUUUAUUUGUUGACAGAUUUUGAUUUUUUUUCUUCCAUCUGGUAGAGCUGCAUGAGGUUCACCAAACUUGUACACACAAUUUUGAAAUUUUGUCUGGAAAAUUAUUUAUGCUAAUUUAUGCAAAAUUUAUUCAUAAAUCACAAAAAAUGUUUUUUUCUUCUUCAUUUGUUGAUCAAUUUCAAUUUUGUUUGCUUAAUAUGAUAGCGCGAGGUGGUGAUACAAAAUUUCAACAAAGAAUUUUGAAAUUCAUUAAAUAUGCUAAUUUAUUCAUAUAUUUUCAAAACUCCCAAAAAAUUACCCAUUUAUUUGUUAAUUGAUUUUGAUUAUUUUUGUUCCAUCUGAGAGCUACAUGAGGUUCACCAAGGUUCUACACAAAGUUAAGAACUUUUUACUAGAAAGUUAUUUAUGCUUAAUUUAUAUGAAAUUUAUUCAUAGAUCACAAAAAAUGCUUCUAUGUCAUUUCUUCAUCAAUUUCAAUUCUAUAUCCUCAAUUUAUUUCACCAAUAUAAUUCACUACAGUGUCAACUGGGCUGAAAUUAAAAUUGUGUUAAAUUUCGUUGCGAAAUGAUGGAUGAGCUCCACAUCAUUGAUGUGCUAGUUUUAAAUUUCAGGACUUUGUAACAACUUUUUCUCUACAGGAUUAGAAUCAUGCGUACUUGAUGAAUGAGUACACAUCAAGCGCUUUAUAAAAGCAUGAUAUAACCUAGGGUCAAUUUUCCAUAGCUAUGAGAAUUAUACCCAUCGCUUUAGUAUUUGAGAUACAUGUAUCCUUACUCAAAGUGACAUGCAGAUGAGACAAUGCUUUACUUUUGGCGUGGAAUCUAGUUCCUUGCUUUGUAUUAUUUUAUUAAAUUGUGUAUUUAAUAAAAUGUUGUGUACAUUUAUAAGUAA